AAGUAAUACAUUUAUAUAAAUAUAGCAUGAAUUACUCUCUACAAAUUUUUCUCUAACCUUGACUGCACUCCCCUUGGGAGCACCCCGCAAGCCUUGCCAUUUCAGAGAUGCUCUGACCCAGUCACCUGGCCACAAUUUAGCCCUUGUAAAAAUCUUCACACUUGCCCAUUUUUCGCUUGCCAUCUUAUAUAUCCCAUAUGCAUCAUUGUUAUGACAUGAUCAACACUGGUCGCUUUAUCUGUGAGUGGUCGUAAAGUUUGGCUUAUGGCUCAUAACAUGAUUUUCAGCUUGUUAUGGUACUGCAGAAAAUGGUCCAGAGUCUCUUAGAUGAUUUUCAAGAUGAGGUUGUAAAGACAUAAAAAGGCACAGAGUGGCAUGAACAGCUAUGUUAGUCAUGUGUGACUGAAAGAGGGAGUGAUGCAAGAGGGGGUGAGGGAUCAGGGAGGGUUUUUUUCCUUCACAACUGUACCUUCUGCAUGGUUAAUGAUCCCAUACUGUAUGUCCUGUGUGUGUUUGUGUUUGGUGGGAGGAGGGAGAGGUGUUCCUUUGAUAAAGCCUUGAGUGAUGCAGAGUCUCUUAUUCAUCUCUGCUCUGGACCAAAACACUGCAGCAGCGUGGUGGAUGCUCUUUCUGUCCUCUUCUUGCAAGGCUCUUGUUUUAGGGAAAGAAGCUUCAUCAUUAAACACAAUAGAUUUGAAGGGAUCUACUGAACAGUGCCAAAACAUUAAUUACUUGGGACAUUUUGACCUCUUUUGUGAGAGUGGGCCUGUUUCAACUGUCUUCCAAAGUCAGAUUGUUUUUAAAUGUUGUGCAGAGCAUGCUAGAGAUGGUAUGACAAUCAUAGUUGGUCAGUAAACAGAAAUUAAGGGGCAGAAAAUAAGGUGACUCAUUAGUGGCCUUGACAAGAGGUUAAAAGGUUAGUUACGAGGUUGAAGCUGAGUUGUUAAGGUAAAGAUUUAGAUUUAAAGACUGUCAGGUCAACAAGUGUUCAGUCAUGAGCAUCCAUGAGACUUCUGAGCUACAGUUCUGUGUGAAGAGGGACAUCUUGGAUGAGCUUGGAUUGGAUGAGGUGGCCAGUCGGCAGAGUGACUCCAGAGGUCCCUCCCUGAAGGAGAAGCUGCAGGACUCUCUGAGGUGUUCUGUUAGCAGACUGAAAAAAUGUAUUCUAGCUUGGCUUCCAGUUCUCUCCUGGCUUCCCUACUAUCCAGUCCGGCAGAACGCUCUGGGUGACCUCUUCUCUGGGGUCAGCGUUGGAAUCUUGCACCUGCCGCAAGGUAUGGCCUAUGCUCUCCUGGCCACUGUUCCACCCGUGUUUGGUCUGUACACGUCCUUCUAUCCCGUACUUGUUUACUUCAUCUUUGGUACCUCAAGGCACAUCUCUGUAGGGUCCUUUGCUGUGAUUGGGAUCAUGACUGGAGGGGUCACAGAGAAACUUGCUCCUGAUGAUCUCUUCCUGACCAAUGGAGUAAAUGGGUCUGCUGCGGACACAGAUGCCAGGGACCAGUAUCGUAUUCGAGUGGUAGCAGCUGUAACGUUACUCUGUGGCCUCUUUCAGGUUGUGUUAGGUCUGGUGCGGUUUGGGUUUGUGGUGACAUACCUGUCAGAGCCGUUGGUGAGGGCCUACACUACUGCAGCGGCCAUGCAUGUGGUCAUCUCCCAGCUAAAGUACACUUUCGGGCUGGCCCCCAAACGCUUCUGUGGACCACUCGCACAGAUUUAUACCCUGAUAGACCUCUGUGCUUUAUUGCCUGGAACACAUAUCCCUACUCUGGUGGUCAGUGUGGUUGCCUUGGCUGUUCUGAUUGUGGUGAAGGAGGUCAACUCCAUUUACAGACAAAAACUACCUCUCCCUAUACCCAUAGAACUUCUUGUGAUUAUUGUAGGAACAUUGGUCUCACAUUAUGCCCAACUAAAUCCAGUUCAUGCUGUUGAGGUGGUUGGAGAGAUUCCUUGUGGGUUGGUGCCACCUCGUGUCCCCGAUGUGAGCUUUUUCUCAAGGAUAAUUGGGGAGGCAUUCACUAUAGCUGUGGUGGGGUAUGCCAUUAACAUUUCUCUGGGCAAGACAUUCGCUCUCAAACACGGGUACAAAGUGGACAACAACCAGGAGUUGGUGGCGGUAGGUAUCAGUAAUGCAGUAGGGGGGUUUUUUCAGUGCUAUCCUGUCACCUCCUCACUGUCCCGGAGCCUUGUCCAGGAGAGCACAGGAGGAAAGACACAGGUUGCUGGGGCAGUCUCUGCUGUCAUUGUGCUCAUCACAGUGCUAAAAGUAGGCUCACUGUUCGGUGAUCUGCCUAAGGCUGUGUUGUCUGCUAUCGUGUUUGCAAACCUAAAGGGAAUGUUUAAGCAAUAUGGAGACAUCCCUGCUCUGUGGAAGAACAACAAAGUUGACUUGCUGGUGUGGGUGGUGACAUUCCUCUGCACUCUUCUGCUAAAUCUGGAUCUGGGUCUGGCAGCUUCCAUUGCCUUCGCACUGUUAACCGUCAUCUUCAGGACCCAGCUUACAAAGUAUUCUGUUCUUGGUUGGGUGCCUGGUACUGAACUAUACGUGGAAACAGAUUCAUAUGAGAAGGCUAAAGAAAUCCCAGGUAUCACCAUAUUCCGCUCUUCAUCCACGCUCUACUAUGCCAAUGCAGAGCUAUACAAGGAAGCCUUACAAGAAAAGAGUGGCAUCAAUAUUUCCAAGUUGAUCAUGCUGAGGAGGAAGCAGGCAACAAAGGAGAAACACAUGGAGAAAAAUGAGAAGAAGAGAGAGGAGAAGGAGAGAAAGAAACAGAAUGGAGGUGUCAGUGUGCCAGCAAACAGUGACUUCAUCAUACAAUCACAUGUGGCCAAUACACACCUUUCAGCAGAUGAACAUGUGUACUGUGAUGAUGCACACUCUUUUGGCAGUGAGAGCUUAAGGACCAGGACACACUCCAUUAUUCUAGACUUCUCUACAGUCAGUUUCAUAGACACAGUCACCUUGAAAACCCUGAAAAAUAUAUUUCAAGACUUUGCAGAGGUGGAUGUGACAGUCUGCAUCUCUGGAUGUCAAGUGCUAGUGGUGCAGCAGUUGGAGCAAGGAGGGUUCUUCUCUGCUUCUGUCCCCAAAACCCACCUUUUCCCCACCAUCCAUGAUGCUGUUUUGUACUGCUUGAAACAUGCUGGGAGGACCUUGCCCUACUACCAGUGUUCACUGGAAAUCCUCUGUGAUACCAGGAUGUGACCAGCAGAUGUCACCCUCCAGGACUCCAUCCCUGACCCACCCAGUCACUGAAUGAGCUUUACUUCUGGAGAGCUUUGUUUCCAUGACAAAAAAUAACACAGUAAUGCCAGCCCAGUGGUGGCAAAAAUCCAUGAAUGAGGAGUCAAAUGUCUGAUAAAUUACUGUGUGUUCAUUUUGUGUGCUCAGCAAUUUUAAAAUGUUUCUGCAUUGAAGUCAGUGUGAAUUGGAAAUAAUAAGGCAUAUUCUUUGCGUAUUUUGUCAUUUUUGUGAGUAAAACGCAAUGUCAGGGAGGGUCCUUGAGCUGGCUUGGCAUUUUUGCUCAACAGUAGACGAGUAUUGGGGGAGGAAGGAAACAUUAUUUGUAUAUUUUUCCCACCCGCUGGUGCACAGUGAUGUAAUCAGAAAUAUGCUUUUAAGGCAGGCAAAAGUUAUUACAUUUAGAUUGAUGAUUAUGCAAAGAACAAUAAUUUUGUCUAAAUGGUAUAAUAUGAUGAAUUGUGCCUAAUAUGACCUGGGACAAGAACAUGAAUGAGUUAAAAAAAAGGCCAAUUUAAUUUCAUCUAAAGUAAUUGCCCAAAGAAUGCAAUUUUAGUGAUGUUAAUGUUGCAUCAAUAGCACAGCCUUAAAGCAGUGUAAUUUUGUAUAUAUUUGUGUUGCACAACUGUGUUGACAUUGUUUUUUUUUGUAAUAUCAAAGUUUGGU